CCAGACUACAGUUCCCAGGCGCCCGCGCGGCCCGGGCGCGCCCCGCCCCCUUCGGCGGCACCUCGCGCAGCGCCUCCGCCGCGCCACUCGCGCCGUAGAGGUGACCUAGAGGCUGACAGCCCCGCCGCUCCGCGCCGCCAUGGGUGAACCAGUUAGAGUCCUGGUGACUGGAGCUGCUGGGCAGAUUGCUUACUCGCUGCUUUACAGUAUUGCCAAGGGAGAUGUCUUUGGCAAAGAUCAGCCUCUUAUUCUUGUGCUGCUGGAUAUCACCCCCAUGAUGUCUGUAUUGGAAGGUGUAGUGAUGGAGCUGCAGGACUGUGCUCUACCGCUGCUGAGAGAGGUCAUUCCAACAGACAAGGAGGAAGUUGCAUUCAAAGACCUUGACAUAGCAAUUCUGGUUGGCUCCAUGCCAAGGAGAGAGGGCAUGGAGAGAAAGGAUUUACUCAAAGCAAAUGUGACAAUUUUCAAGUCUCAGGGUGCAGCCUUGGACAAGUAUGCCAAAAAGACUGUCAAGGUUGUGGUAGUUGGGAAUCCAGCAAAUACUAACUGCCUAAUUGCAUCAAAGUCAGCCCCGUCAAUACCAAAGGAAAACUUCAGCUGCUUGACUCGUUUGGAUCACAACAGAGCUAAAUCUCAGAUCGCUCUGAAACUUGGUGUGACUGCUAAUGAUGUGAAGAAUGUCAUCAUCUGGGGCAACCACUCCUCCACUCAAUAUCCAGAUGUUAACCAUGCGAAGGUAAAUGUGAAAGGAAAAGAAGUUGGAGUCUAUGAAGCUAUAAAAGAUGACAGCUGGCUGAAGGGAGACUUUAUCCUGACCGUUCAGCAACGUGGAGCAGCAGUUAUUAAGGCUAGGAAGCUGUCCAGUGCAAUGUCAGCUGCCAAAGCUAUCUGUGAUCAUGUGAGAGACAUCUGGUUUGGCACUCCACCGGGGGAAUUUGUUUCCAUGGGAGUAAUUUCUGAUGGCAAUUCUUACGGUGUUCCUGAAGACUUGCUGUAUUCAUUCCCUGUUGUGAUCAAGGACAAGACCUGGAAGUUUGUUGAGGGUCUUCCUAUUAAUGAUUUUUCUCGUGAGAAGAUGGAUCUGACAGCUAAGGAGUUAACUGAAGAGAAGGAGACUGCUGUGGAAUUCCUCUCCAGUGCAUGACUAGUGGACGAGGAAAUAAAAAAUCAUUUUAGAGUGGAAGAAUCUAAAAGCCGUCUCUAAGUCUGCUACUAAACACUAUCACUGUAUUUAAGUCAACUGUCUGUGGCGAUUAUGUUGUUUUAAAGUCCCUAUGCUUACUGGUACUGUUGUGCCUAUUGAGUUAUUAGCAAAAGGAUUAUUAAAGAAGUAAAACUAGUUUGUUGAUCAAACUUUGUUCAAUACUAGUUGCUUUCUGUGUAUGAUACAGAAUGAUUGUUUGCCUCUGCCUUGGCUGUUAACGCACAAUCUCAGUUUUAUUAGAAUUUGGCACUGUUGGAACACGUCCUGAUCACUUCAGCAUCCUAUUGCUUAACUGAAAAUGAAAUUAGAGUGCCAAUAGUUCUCCAUGAACCGGUAGUUAGGUGACUCAAGUCUAUUACUGGACAGACUCCAAGUAUAUACUGUUCACUCUGGUUAUGCUAACAGUGUUUGUCAAUACAAAUAUUAAAAGAUGCUUAAUCACAUAAUGCUGAA